AUGGAGUAUCAUAUGCUUGAAGCACGCGCCCAAGGACGCGGCCGUCGUCUCGCAGCCGGCGCCAUCGCCGGUAUCGCCAUCGCCGGCUUCGUCGUCUUUGUGGCCUUCCUCCUCUGCUGCUACUGCUGCUGCUUCCGCAAGAAGCGCGCCCGAAACCAGGAGAAGGUCCACUACGGCGGCCCUCCCAUGGCCCACCAGAACGGCGGCGGUGGCUUCAUGGGCAAGCUCAACGGCAUG